ACUCGGUGUGACAUCAGCUACUCGAAAGAAUUGGCAGAAGCAAAUUAAAUGGUUGUUUUUGAUUUUUCAACUUUUUUGUUUUUGAUUUUUGAUGCUCAUUCCCGACAAUUCUGGGAAUUGCCAUUUUAUUGUUAAAAUAUGAAACAGUUUUGAAAAAAUGAAGAGUGCCACCAAUCCGAGACCCCAGCUUUCCUUGCAGAAAUGACUUUGACAGCUUAUAUACCAUGAACAUUCAUCUUCUUGGUCCGUUCCUUGCAUUCGCCGUGUCUCCCAACAACAACAGCAACAACGCACCGACGGCAGAGGCAUCCUCGGGUGAUUCGAAUUUCUGGCCUCUGCUUCAGUUGCCCCCAGACGCCGCCAUUCACUAUGAUGAAUCCAACGGCAGCAAAGGUCACCUGGAGGCCGUCGAUUCCAUGAUGAACUAUUGCGCUUCCCAUGUGACACAUAUGCAAACUCGACGAGAUUUGGGUGGCACGGACAGUGCACUCGAAGGAGCUUCGUGGGAUUCCGUCACGCUCCGAAUCAAUAAUGCGAGAAGAUCAGAGUGUCUCUUGGAUCGACAAGGCUUUCAGUUGGUGUCAUGUCCAGUCACUGGCGGAGAGAUCCAUUUCAAAGACUCGGAGGAUGUCAUUGAUCACUACUAUCCUCUCUGUGAGAAAGUGCUUUUAGAGUCAACGGGUGCUUCUCUGGUCAAAGCAUUUGACCACAACGUCCGAGUGAGUGGAAGCAAGAAUCAUGACAAAGAAGGCAACACUGUCUUGCAACAACCCAUUGGAGUAGUGCACAAUGAUUACACCCAUGUUUCUGCACCAAGACGGUUAGAACAGUUGGGAAAACCACCCAAAGCCAAUGAUUCCAUGAAAUCUCGCCUGGAAGCUCAAGGAUUGAACUCGUUGUUGGACCCCACAAUUGUCCAGGAGGUUCUGGAAGGCAAGCGACGAUUUGCCUUUUGCAAUGUCUGGAGAAACAUUCAGCCUUGCAAAACUCCUAUUCAACAAUUCCCAUUGGCAUGUGUCGAUGCCACGACGCAAGAAUUGAAGGAUUUCUUGACCUUUCAGAUCAUCUACGCGGACAGAAUUGGAGAGAACUACUUUUCCCGCUAUCAGACCCGUCACAAAUGGUGCUACUUCCCGGAAAUGCUGCCCAGCGAGGCACUGGUGUUGAAACAGUGGGAUAGCCAAGGAACUUUGGCGCUGAAAAAGGAAAUGGAUCAAGUCCAGGACUUUAUCAGCACCUUUUCACUUCAUUCAGCCUUUGAGGAUCCCUCCAGUCCACCGGAUGCACCGUCCAGGGAAAGUAUCGAGGUUCGAUGUGUCCUUAUUUGGGAUAAAAAGGAAUGAAUGCAAUCAGGGCUCGCCGCCUGCAAAGAAGUCGUCACAAUGGGUCUAGCUACCGGUAGCUGAUGACAAUGCCUCGGCGCUACCAAAAGGCCUCGAUCCAUUGGGUAUCAAUCUUACCUACUAGCUAGCUAGUUACGAGACCUGUCAUAAAUGGUGCUACUUCCUGGAAAGGCUGCCCAGGGAGGGGCUGGUGUUGAAACAGUGGGAUAGCAAGGAAGUUUGGCCUUUUUUAAGGAAAUGGAUCAGGUCAAGCACUUUUUAUCAGCACCUUUUCACUUCACUCAGCCUUUGAGGAUCCCUCCAGUCCCGCCCAGGGAAAGUA